GAACCGGGCCGGGGCUCCGCCAUUUCCGGCAGGGGAGGGCUACGACUGAGGAAGGGAGGAGAGAGAGGCGGCUCAAGAUGGCGGCUCCCAGGGCCUCCCGCUCGAGCUUGUAAGUGGGAGCUCCCAGGCAAGUAGUCAGGGCGGCGGGACUCGACGGCCUCCAGCUUCUCGGGUCCAGGCGCUUGACAGUUUCAAGAGGCUCUCGACAAGACGCGGUAAGCGAGAAGAAGGGGAAGAGGAGAAGGGAAGGAGAAAAUAGUUAAGAUGGCGGCCUCCAUGGAGCCGUCCACCGCUGUGUGAGGAUCAGUUUCUCAGUGAGAGCCACCUUAGACGAAGAGGGGUGGUGUGUGAGCGGAAUUGGGGGGCUCCCUUCCCACUUGGCGACUUUUCUCCACCGCGCCCUUUCCCGGAACUAUGGCUUCGGCCGUGUCACCCGCCAACUCGCCAGCAGUGCUCUUACAGCCCCGCUGGAAGCGAGUGGUGGGCUGGUCGGGUCCAGUGCCCCGGCCCCGCCACGGCCACCGGGCCGUGGCCAUCAAGGAGCUCAUCGUGGUGUUUGGCGGCGGCAACGAGGGGAUAGUGGACGAGCUGCACGUGUACAACACGG